UGGAGUUCUCUUUUUUUAAAACUUUAAGGUAUCGACACGUUGACCUCAGUAAGUGGUCUGUGUACGUCUUCCAGCGUUUGCUUUUGGAAAGUUUGAUGUCAGGUGUUAUGCUCAAUUAUAAACAGGUAUUUGAGGGAUUAACAAUAUUGCAGCUUUAGCGCUCUCUAAAUGAUAAUAGAGGUAUUACUGAGGAGGAGCAUCUUUAUUUUUGUCGACUAAUGUCCCUCUCAGCUGCUGCCGUAAGUGUUGAUUUAGGGGAUUCGGCAAAGUAUAGUGGAAACACGCACUUGUUGCACGGCUACAUAAGGACGGCUGACUGUGAGUUUGUUGCAGUGUGACUGUCCAGAGUCACUUUCAGAACCAUGGGAACAAAACAGACUCACAGCCGUGCAGUGCAGCCGGCUGGCCUCCUGCUCCUCGUCCUGCUGUGCGGCCCGUGGCACGCAGCGUCGGACUCGGACGAGGCCAUCCUGUCCGAGUGGGAGCUCUGGAAGAGCAGCCACGGCGUAUCCUAUGAAGAAAUGGACGACUUGCAAAGGAGGGUCAUCUGGGAGAGCAACAAGCGGAUCAUUGACGACAACAAUCAAGGGUUUUUAAUGGGCAUGAGGCCGUUCACCAUGGCCAUGAACAAAUAUGGAGACCUGACAAGUCGAGAGUUCCGUGUUUUGCAAGGCGCCAGGAUAAACGCCCAGUUUGUGAAGAGAGGGAAGAUCGUCUCGUCCCGACGACUGCGUCACAAUGCUCGUAUGUUGGACGCUAAAGCUGUCGACUACAGCAAGAUGGGUUUUGUCACUGAGGUGAAAGACCAGGGCUACUGUGGCUCCUGCUGGGCCUUCAGCACUACGGGAGCCAUAGAGGGACAAAUGUACAAGAAGACGGGUCAGCUCAUAUCUCUGAGUGAACAGAACCUGGUGGACUGCUCCAAAUCUUACGGCACUUACGGCUGCAAUGGUGCCUGGAUGGCCAACGCGUACGACUACGUGGUCAACAACGGGCUGCAGGCGACCAGCACCUACCCAUACACCUCAGUGGAUACCCAGCCCUGUUACUACGACAGCUCACUAGCGGUCGCCCAUAUCAGAGACUACAGGUUCAUAGCUAAAGGAGACGAGCAGGCUCUGGCUGAUGCCGUGGCGACAAUCGGUCCAAUCACGGUGGCCAUCGAUGCAGAUCAUUCCAGCUUCCUUUUCUACAGCUCAGGAAUCUAUGACGAGCCCAACUGUAACCCAAACAAUCUGAGUCACGCAGUCCUGCUGGUUGGCUACGGCACUGAAGGAGGUCAAGACUACUGGAUCAUUAAAAACAGCUGGGGCUCCAGUUGGGGUGAAGGCGGCUACAUGCGAGUCAUCAGAGAUGGAAGAAACACCUGCGGCAUCGCGAGCUACGCUCUGUACCCCAUCGUAUGAUUCUGAUAAGCUGCCUCAGUUGCGCGUCGAUGCGCAACUCUUGACGCUGGACUGUCUCAGAAAACAACAUCAGUCGAUGCUGACGCAGCCCAUGUCUUCUCUAAAGCACUUCUAUAUCAUCCUCAUUUUCUGAACCUUCUGCUGAACCUUUCUGACACCGUAGAUAAUGUUCAAAGACUCACGUAACAGUGAACACAUCGCUUCUCUCAGGGACGUAUUGAUUGAUCCGUCAAACAUGAAAAAUGCUGGUUAAAUAAUUGAAAUGAGACUGUAAUGUAGUGAGUAAUGUAACUUUUGGACGGAAGUAAUACAACAUUACUUACAAACACUUACAAAUACAAACUAAUUUACAACCAUUCUGUGGCCUUUAGCUUAUGGUGGCUAAUCUUGGCUAACAUUAGCAAACAUACUGCAGCUGUGUAACAGACGUUACUAGACCAUUAAAACUCAUCUCCACUUGUGCCAAUGUUACACUAGCUUAGCAUUUUAGCUAAAUGCUAGCAGUCCAGCAUUUAUUCAGCAUUAUCCAAUAAAGGCCCGAUCACAGCAGCUUUAGCUCCUGCAGAAUUAGAGUGAAUUAAUCCAGCAGAAUUUUUGCCAUUAGCCUGCUGAAUUUUAACUUGAAAUUAAGUAAAAUUUGAACAGCAUGUUGGUUAGCCAACCAAAAAGGGAAGUAACAAAAGUCCCUCAUUAAUAAAACUCUUGAUGAAAUUCCACUAAUCAGCCCAGUAAGGAGACAAUGGAGAAGAUCCUGUUGUGACUAACAUCUGUACCUGGCUGCCUAAACGUUAGCAAUUAGCUCGCCAGCUACUGAUGUUCAACCAUGGAGGAUUGAUUUUGUCCCUUACAGCUGUGACCAGGCCUUAUCUGUAACUCUGUAACGACACAGUGGCUGCUGUCACACAAGUUACAUGGUCUUCCUUUGAACAAUUAAUAGAGUAAUUCUGUAAUCAUUUCUAGCCAUGAUGCAACCCAAUGAAUUUUGUUUAGACUUUACCCCAAAAAGAGUAAAUCAGGGCGCCCUGCAUGUGAAUGUCACUGUGUGUGUGUUUUUAACGUAUUUUAUAUCUUCAGACUGCAAACCUUUUUUUUUUUUUGUAACAGUAACACUGAUGGACUGGGUUGGACUGCAGUGACGUAUUGAGACGGAGGGGUGGGAUGGAGGGGUGAUGGGGGACACAAGCCUGGUGAUCUCAGUGUUUCAGGCCUCAACGUGAAUCUGUUUGAAACAAAACAAAUAAAAUGGUGCUUUGUGUUUUCAAUGCAAACAAUUGUUUCAGUCUCUU